AUGGACAGUGAAGUGACACCUAACAAGCCAUGGGUUCACCAGGUAUUGCCUGCUGCUGAGUCCUUGGCUCUGAAGGAGGAUCUCAUUAUCUGGCCUCCUGUUGUCAUUGUCCACAACAGUUCCAUAGGAAACAGUGAUCCAGAUGAGCGGAUGAUUGUAACCAUUGAUAUGCUUGUGACCAUUCUAAGAGAUAUGGGCUUUGAUGGGGGAAAGACCAAAAUAUGCCCAGGGAAACCUGCAAAUCAGAGUAUCAUGGUGGUGAGGUUCAAUGCAACCUUUUCUGGGUUGCAAAAGGCAGAGAAACUACACAAUAUGUAUGCUGAGAAUCAACAUGGGAGAGCUGAGUUCCAGCAGAUCAAUUUCAACAAUGGCAAAACAAGCAGUUGCAGGGAAAAUCGGAAGGCACAGGCAGACAAGGUGGAACAUGUUUUAUAUGGCUACUUGGGAAUUGCAGGUGACUUGGAUAAACUUGAUUUUGAGGCAAAGGAACGAUGUGUGGUGAAAAGCAAGAAGGAGAUCUGGGCCAUUGCUGAUGCCCCUCUUGUAAAUGAAUGAGUGGCCAGCACCUGUUUAUAUCCAUGAGGUAACUGGCACGGGUUUCUGUUUUCUUGCUUUCUCAGGUUAGUGGAAAAUCACAAAUUCAGCUCAUAACUCUGUUUCCUAUGUAAUUAGCACAAAGCUC